CAAAUCCACUUGAGUCACAUGGCUUCAUACUAAUGAAUAUUCUGACCACCCCUUUCCAGACCAUACAGUUUGUUGGUCACUUUUGGCUUAUGCUAUCAGCAACAUGAGCCUUACGGGGAUCACUCUGUCUCUUAACGGGACGGCCUCAUUGGAACCAGACGAGACAGAAACACAAGCCACUCUCUAUGAAGUCAAAGUGUUCAACAUCAUGCUUUCUGCAAUAGCUCUGUGCAUCCUGACAGUGACAGGAAUCAUCACCUGUAUCUCAUAUCAAAGACACAGACGGCAGCAUAAGAGGGCACGCAUCUAUGAGAGUGCCGUGGCCUGCGAGGUUCCCGAAGAGCCAGUGGGUGUUACUUGUGUGAAGAAAACCCAUAGUUUCCGUAACCCGCUCACCCUUUUCAGACGACAGGAGGGGUCGAAGGACAACUCACGGAUCCACUACAUCUACACCAACCCUCUGCCGGUGGGACACGAGGAGGACAGGAUCCCCCCUCACACUCCACUCACGCUGCAGGACUACGCCAGCGACCCCAAGAGCGGCAUCACCCUAGUCCCGCCCAUUUUUUACAUGCAGCUGUAGAUAGUCCUGGAGAGUUAGUAUUUACCGUCAUGUCAUCCAACACCCAUAUCAUGUACUUUCUAACGUGGAACACAAAAAGAGACGUUUAGCAGAAUGUUCACGCUGCUCUUUUUCUUACAAUGAAAGUGAAUGACUAAAAAAAAAAAAUCAUGACUUCUACGCUAUAUUCUAGCUUAAUUACAUCUGUUCCUCACACAAAAUUAGAGUAUGGAUUUAGAUAUGGUUAAUAUACGAGUAUAUAUAUAUAUUCAAAAUAUAAUUUUGAAUUUCAGAGAAAGUCAUACAGGUUUGUAAAAACAUUAGCUUAAGUAAAUCAUUUUUUGGAUCAAUUAUUCCUCUGGAUGAGCAAAAGUAAAAGGCAGUGUCUUUUUCCACACAGUUUUUAAUUAGCGAAUAAAACAGCUGAAAGUGUGCUUUACAAAAGAUGCAGAAAGUGAAAUAUAUCCACCAGAAAAGCAGAGAGAAGCGAAGACUGAAAGAGAACAACAGGG